CCUUAACUUUUCCAUCUAGGUUUUACAACAAGGCCCAUUUGGGUAUUUUACAAGUGUAUUUAAAACCCUAGAAAUGUUAUCAACACUGAAUCUAGGGUUUGCCGUUAGUUGCAGAGGGGAGCUAAGCUAAGCCAGAGACAGCAGGAGCACAACCUACACAGCCGUCGCCAUGGGUCGUAUGCACAGUCGCGGUAAGGGUAUCUCGGCUUCAGCUUUGCCUUACAAGAGAACACCACCAAGUUGGCUCAAGAUCUCUUCUCAGGAUGUUGAGGAGAACAUUUGCAAAUUUGCAAAGAAGGGGCUUACUCCUUCUCAGAUUGGUGUAAUUCUCCGUGAUUCUCACGGUAUUGCUCAAGUUAGGAGUGUUACUGGUAGCAAAAUCUUGCGUAUCCUCAAGGCUCAUGGUCUUGCGCCUGAAAUCCCUGAGGAUUUGUACCAUCUUAUCAAGAAGGCUGUAGCAAUUAGGAAGCAUUUGGAGAGGAACAGAAAGGAUAAGGAUUCCAAGUUCCGUUUGAUUCUUGUUGAGAGCAGGAUUCACAGGCUCGCACGCUACUACAAGAAAACAAAGAAGCUUCCUCCCGUCUGGAAAUACGAAUCAACCACUGCUAGCACUUUGGUGGCCUAGGCUAGAUAUGAUGCGCAGCCAAGUUUUGGGAUAUUCUGAGUAGAUGUUAUACUCUUAUGGAUCUUAUUGCGGUUCGUAAGGUUUAGAAAAUUUCUUGUGGCCAAUAACUUUCAUGUACCAAACAUUUGCUUCUUUGAGCUUUUCUGGAUUUCCUUUUAACAAUUGGAGCUUAUUGUGUUUAGCUUUGUUAAAACAUUCGCAAUUAUUAUCGUGUCAUUUUGGUUA